ACAAAGUGCGCAGAAAGAACGGUAUUUGACUCUGCUGUAGCUUUCAGAAGUACUAUUAAAACAAAAGAGAUUCAACUCAAUUAGCUCGACACGACUGAGAUGUUACAGUUUAGGGCUUCAUUUGUGCUGAAGGAGUUGAUUCAUACCAGCCCUAAGCGUUCGCUGUCUGACAUUUUAAGGCAUAAAAAGACUUUACCAAACGCGUACUGCUUUGCCACUACUUAUCCGGAUAGUAAAAUAUCUAAGUUAAAAACUGUCCACAAUGGAAUACAUCUGCCUUUCAUGCGACCUUCACCUGGGAGAAGAUUCCUAUGUACAAAGACCGAGGGAGCGAUUGAACCUACAGAGCCAGCGAAAAAAGAUGAAACCGUCCAGGAAGCCGCGCCAGACAAGAGAAGGAAGGCUGGCAUCAUGCCCAGUUUGGAGGACCUGCUCUUUUACAGUAUUGCAGAAGGCCAGGAGAGGAUCCCAGCUCACAAAUUCAUUACCGCACUGAAGGCCACUGGACUUCGAACAGGAGAUCCACGGCUGAAGGAAUGUAUGGACAUGUUAAAAGUCACCCUUAAGUCCACAUCAGAUGGUGUAAUGCUGGACCGGCACCUUUUCAAAAAGUGUGUCCAGAGCAACAUUGUGCUCCUCACCCAGGCCUUCCGCAAGAAAUUUGCUAUCCCUGAUUUUCACACAUUUGCUUCUCACAUUGAUACUCUCUAUGAGAAAGGCCGAAAUCUUUCUGGGGGGCAGGUUGCUGACUACAUUCCACAACUUGCCAAAUUUAGCCCUGACCUGUGGGCUGUGUCCCUUUGCACAGUAGAUGGACAAAGGCACACAGUUGGUGACACUAAAGUGCCAUUUUGUCUGCAGUCGUGCGUGAAGCCGCUCAAGUAUGCUAUUGCCGUGCAUGACUACGGCACUGAGUAUGUGCACAGGUUCAUUGGGAAAGAGCCCAGCGGCUUACGCUUCAACAAGCUCUUCCUGGAUGAGGACGGUAAACCCCAUAAUCCAAUGGUGAAUGCUGGUGCAAUUGUGUGUUCUUCCCUAAUUAAGCAAGGGGCAGGCAAUGCCGAGAAGUUUGAUUAUGUGAUGAACUUCUUGAAGAAGAUGGCAGGAAACGAAUAUGUUGGUUUCAGCAAUGCUACAUUCCAGUCAGAGCGUGAAUCAGGAGACAGGAAUUUCGCUAUUGGCUACUACCUGAAAGAAAAGAAGUGCUUUCCAGAGGGCACAGACAUGACUGCAGUUCUGGACUUUUACUUUCAGCUGUGCUCCAUCGAGGUAACAUGUGAGAGCGCCAGCGUCAUGGCUGCCACGCUGGCCAAUGGCGGCUUCUGUCCAAUUACAGGCGAGCGUGUGCUGAGCCCUGAGGCCGUACGAGACACUCUUAGCCUCAUGCACUCCUGCGGCAUGUAUGACUUCUCUGGACAGUUCGCCUUCCAUGUGGGUCUUCCGGCCAAGUCUGGUGUGGCUGGUGGCAUUCUGCUUGUUGUGCCCAAUGUGAUGGGCAUCAUGUGCUGGUCUCCGCCAUUGGACAAACUGGGAAACAGUGUUCGGGGCAUCCAGUUCUGCACAGAUCUGGUGUCCUUGUUCAACUUUCACAACUAUGACAACCUUAGGCACUUCGCCAAGAAGCUCGAUCCUCGCCGAGAGGGAGGGGACCAGCGGCAGUACACCUUUGGACCCAUGGAUUAUGAGAGCCUUCAGAAAGAGCUUGCUCUCAAAGACACUGUAUGGACAAAAGUGUCUGCUACAGAGUGCAAUGAGGACAGCUCCACCACUGUAGUCUAUAGGAUGGAGAAUAUCGGAGAUCACAACUAAGAUGGACCAGACUCAUCUGUUUUGACGUGAUAUAUUUAUGUAAAUUAUCAACAGUUAUUUAUAUUCAAAGAACCUCAAUGGAUUAUAAUUUUGGUCACAUGUAUGUGGUUCUUCUCUUGAGUCACUGUAUCUUUCCCUCUCUCUUGGUAAACACCCUACUGGAAAAUUUAUCUUACGUUAAUAGCUGUGUUUUGGAACGUGGUAGCUGGUCUGAACUGGUUAUUAGCUAGUCCAAACUGGUCAUUAGCUGUUUCAUGCUAGUCGUUAGCUUGCACAAACUGGUCAUUUGCUAGUCCAAGCUGGUUGUAAGAUAGUUCAAGCUGUUCAUUAGCUGGUUCAAACUGGGCAUUUGCUGGUCCAAGAUGGUCAUUAGUUGGUCCAACCUGGUCAUUAGCUGGUCCAAGGUAGUCAUUAGCUCAUCAAAAACUGGUCAUUAACUGCGCCACACUGGCCGUUGUCUGGUCCAAGCUGGUCAUUAGUUGGUACAAAUUGGUUGUUAGGUAGUCAAAGUUGGUCCUGUGGUCAUUAGCUGGUCCAAGCUGGUCGUUAACUGGUCCAAACUGAUUGUUAGUUGGUCCAAACUGGUAAUUUGCUGCUCCAAGCUUGUAGUUAGCUAGUCCACACUGGUCAUUGGCUGGUCCAAGCUAGUCAUUUGCUGGUCCAUGCUGGUGGUUAGCUGUUCCAAACUGGCCGAAAGCUGGUCCAAACUGGUCAUCAGUUGGUCUAAACUGGUUGUUAGCUGGCCCAAGCUGGUCCUUUGGUCAUUAGCUGGUCAAAGCUGGUGGUUAGUUGAUCCAGCUGGUCCAUAAUGAUCUUUAGUUACUCCAAGCUUGUCGUUAGCUGAUCCACACUGGUUAUUGGCUGGUUGACCAGCCAUCAUGUUCCAAUCAUGUACUGUACCAACCUGACCAACUCGUAGCUAGUUUGUUGCUGGUCUAGGAUCAUCUACCAGCUUUAACUAGCUAAUAACUAGAUUUGACCUGCAAUGACCAACGUAGACCAGCUUGAAACCAGCUACCACUUUCUUAAAACACAGCUACCAGCUUGAGCUUGAAUCUUCAGCAGGGUAUGAUUGAGUACAGUAGAGGAUGUGGUUGUAGCUUGUGUCUGGGACAGCUUGGUUCUCUUUUAGUUGUCUGGGAUUUAUUAAUUACAUCAGACAACACAUUUAUAUUCAGUGCAGUAGGCAGGCAGUACAAUUUAUUCUGUAUAUUCAUUCAUAGACAAUCAAGUGUUAUUGGUGAAAGUCAAGGACUGGUACGGUCAGACUGGCUGCUAAACAGACUGCAGGUGCUUGUCUUUUGCACUACGAUUAAAUGUUUGGUCAUACAUCUCACCACACAUAGGGCCUCGAGAAAACCAAACUUGUGUAAAUUGUUUGUAAUACCAUUUUUACAUAAAUUGUCUCAUUAAAUUCAAUGCAACAAUUUAUGCAGGAAUGUUUAAAAAAUAUUUUUUACAGAGACAACAAUUGAUUUACUCAUUGAGCGUACAAUAAUAUCAGUGUCAUCAUAAUUUUAUGGCAAGACAAACAUAAAAUCACAUUGAUGGACCCAACCAAUUCUCUAAAACGGGUAUCGUAGUUGGUGCUGAAUUGGGAGGAUUGAGUUUUUUGCCAGAUGUCAGGGACUUAAUUCUCACCUUAACAUUACAGUGUUCAAUUCUACAAUUUCAACACUAGCCCUUAGAACAUAAUGUGAUUUAAAUGCAACCUAGCAGUCCUAAGCAAGGUUAAAACACAUACAUUUGUAAAUUAAUGUAUCAUGCUGUUACUAAUUAGCUUUUGGUCAGGUUUAGUUGUUCAUUUACAGAUUAGUUACAAUAUGUUCCUAAUGAAUUGUUCUGAGAAAACUUCUGCCAUGUUUUUGUAUCACAGAGCUCUGUUAGUACUGCUCAGCAGCCAGUUUAAACCUGCUGUCACUUGAUCUUUGCGGUCUUUUAUAAGGUGAAAUCAAUAACUUUACAAACACUCCGAUCUUGUGUCUGCCCUCACUUGGAUGUCUAUCUCUACAUAUUUUCAGAUUAUAUUGCUGGAAUUACUGUCAAAGUUUAUGCACCUUAUUGAUGGUUCAAGAUUUCGGGUUCAUAUCAGAUAACACUUUGAUUAGAUUUUUUUAAUGAGUGGAAAGAUACUGCCCUCAUCAGACAGUUUUGUAUAUUUAUGAUUUUAUGUUUGUUCUGAAAACCCACAUUUUUUAUUAUAUAUUCAUUCUGUAUGAAUUAUAUAUAUAUUAAUUCAAAUUCUCAUAAUAUAUUAAAUACAAGCUUGAAUAUUUAUGCUAAGACAGGAAUCUAAUAUGGGUUUUGUUUUGCCUAGGUUCAUGUUUUUUGUCAUUUUCGUGUAUUAUAACAUGUUUUUGUGCUGUUACAGUGUUAUCAGUCUUGCUAUUGAGCUGAUGUGAUUCACAUGUGCUUACAGUUUUAACAGUAUCACAGCAGAAUUCCGAUGUUCAAACACUUGCUUACACUACAGUGUAAAGUUUCCAGUGUAAUAGAAAUGCAGUCUAUUUUUCCAACACAUCACAAUUUGUCAUCAUCUGAUUUCAUUUGUAAUGUAUCUCUCCCACAGUUUUGAAUUCAUUCUGUUUAUCUUCUCAUGUUUUUUCUUUUUUGUUUAUGUAAAAGUCCUGCUUUCCUGUUCAUCCAUUUUUGUGUUUCAUUAAUAAAUGUAUUUA